GGUUGAGCUCAGUUCUAUCCGGACCUCGGCAGCCGGCAGACGUGGUUUUCUCUCCUCUGCCGCUACACGAAGCCGCAGCAAAUUUUGAUUACCAUUUUUAUUUGCCAUUUGGCGAACGACCUUGCACGCGUCUACCGUGCAACUUCAGGUGCCCUUUUUAAAAACUGAACGGCUUUUUUUUAAAGGGAGGCUACACUCUCGGAUCAAGUGCUACUAUCAAAUUCAAUUCAAUUAAGAGUGCUGGGUCGCAUUAAGAACGUGUAUGUCUGCGCGAGGCGCCAUGGCAUUCGGAGAAAGUGCUCGUCAAAACACAAUCAGCAUCGGUGAUGGGUCAUCCAUCGUUCAUCACACGGUGAAAAGUGAAAUUCUGAGCCGCUGUCCGGCCGGUUCACCAUUGGCUGCGCUGGUUAAAAACUUCAGCAAAGGAACGCGAAACAAUCACGGAAUGAGAUGGUGUCCAUCGACGGACACUAAAGGACGGGACGGCCAUUCUUUCGCCUACAUUUUGCACUACUUGAGUACGGGUGAUCUGAUCUAUCCGCUUCACGAAGGCUUCCAUCGAGUCGAUGUACUGCUCAAGGAGUUGACCUUCUUCGGUCUGGUGGACGACGUCAUCCGCUACGCAACGCAGGAGGGAUCUGCCCGCAGUAAGCAGAACAGACGACGAUCUAUCCUGUUCACGACUCGCGACACGGACCGCAAAGUAGAGACACUACCCAAAAGAGUGUCAAUGGCUAAAUGCCAAAGCAUCCAAGAUGUCCAUUUCAUCGGCGGCUGUUCCCUGGGCCGAGUGGCCGGCGUCGAGGCCAUCCAAAGCGUCAGCAUGUCCGACUUGAACACGGAACACGGCGAAUGCGAAAUUAGAGAUCAACCGUCGACGGACAAAUGCAACCGGACGACUAACACCCAGCACGCUCAUCGCUUUCUAAACGCAAUCAAACGCUAUUUGAGUCUCAAAUCAUCCGGAUCCAACCAACGUCAAACUGGAAAUAAACGACAGUCAGAUGGAGCGAAUAAAUCAGCCACCAUCUGGAGCCCUCGGCAAGUCAACACGGCCGGCGGAGGAGUAUUCCGGCCUAGUUCAGCUCGAGGAUCAACCUUAAUUCUGAUUGCAACGCCGGAUAGUGUUACAGUUUUCGGACAACGACCUCACCUAGAAUUAAUGCUUCCGGAUUUCCCCAUCGAAGCUCUGCGGAGCUUCAGUUCAGCAUUCAUCGACAGUAAACUCGUUUACCAGCCGGACGACAAUUCCAGCAGCGGAGACGUUGACGGCUAUUCUUCCUCGUCGUUUACAUCCGGCUCUUCGCUACCCAAACGGGCCAGUAGCAGCACAAGUAGUGAAAGUACUGCUACUAGCAUACCCAGUAGCGCCCAUUCAGAUUUGCUCGUCCGUCUCUACCAGCGGCACAUCCAACCGCUCGGCUUCGUGGUCACCGUCCAGUCACAUUGGCGUGCAAUCGAUUCGUUGGAGACUCAUCACCAGUGGCUAUUGCACAAGAAACACAGCUCGAAGCAGUCGAACGGAACGAGCAGCGGAAGGAGGAGACACACCCACGCCGGAAUGGCUGCCGCCAUGUCAGCCACAACCAUCAACCAAACCUCCGUGACUCGAAGAGCAUCCGUGCUACAACGCCUGUUUAAUAAGAGCGCCCUAACACUUCACACAGACCUCUAACAAGCAAUUAGCUGAUUGAUCAACUAACCAAUUUAAGAAAGAGGAAAAAAUAAAAAUUAUUUUUUUUUCAACCUUCCCCACCCACAACCUAUGUUGAUAGUGUACAAAAUUUCGAUAUAUUUUAAGCAAAGGAAGCCUUGAUGAUAAUAUUACCAAGGGCAAAUACUCGAUUAGCUACUAACGUCGCAAUAAAUGUUGUACGAAAGAGGAAAAGUAAACGGAAAAUCGAAAAAAAAAAAAAGAACUAUUUCCAUUUUUAAUUACGAAAUUAUGUCUAUCGUCCCUGUUUUGUGUCGUUUUAUGUACCUAUUCAUCCUCCCACUUCCUCUUCUAUACACGCUUGGUGAAAUCGUAA